GGUUCAUUCAGCAUGAUGGCUGCGAAUGCUGCGGAUACUCUUUGCUGCAUCCUGCAUCCGUGCCGGUUCUCUCUCCUCUUUCUCGCCGUCAUCCUCUCCUCUCUGCCGGCCCCGACAGCAGCGCUGCUCGGCGUCCGGCCAGAAGACACCCAGAGCGGAGAGCUAUCCGUGCAGGAUGGGAUACUGAGGGCGACAGAGGGGACCCGCUUCAUGCUGAGGGUUUACUACUCCGCAUCUCCAGCUACAGAACAUCCCGACAGCCUGAACACCAGCGGUAGAGCUGAAUCCGCUCCUGCCGCUCCGUGGAUCGCGUUUAUAGAGGAACCAGGUGGGGACAGCGGGGACGCGGAGAGGCGGCUCCGGUCCAGAGGGAAUCCUUGCGAAGAGGAGAAUGCCCGAAGCUCCGACAUCGAGCUGCUGGGCUCUUUCAGAUCCACCUCAAGUCAGAACUCAGUUUUGGUGGAGCUGCUCGCUAAAGACCUGCGCAGAGGCGAGGUGAUCAAAUACUACUCCAUGUGCGCGUUUGAUGGAGUGAAAUGGGAGCAUUUCAGCACCAAGGACUUCUGGUUGGCAGUGGUGGAGAGACCUCCAGAGGCAGAUGUUUGGCUCCAGGCGGGUGUCUCGGUGCUCUUGUUAGGGCUCUCUGCACUCUGCAGCGGUCUGAACAUCAGCAUGCUGGCUCUGGACCCAGUGGAGCUGCGGGUCCUGCAGAACAGUGGCACAGAGAAGGAGCAGAAAUACGCACGCAAAAUAGAGUCAGUGCGUAAACAUGGAAACUACAUCCUUUGCACCGUGGUGCUGGGCAACGUACUUACCAAUACAUGCUUUGUGGUGUGGAUGUGCCAGAUUUUAGGAAUGACUGCUCUCUCAACUGCCUCGUGCACUUUGGGGAUAUUCUUUAUUGGCGAGAUUUUACCUCACUCCGUAGCAUCCAGGCACAGUCUCGCCAUCGCUUCCAAGACCCUCUGCGCGACCCGCCUGCUGAUGCUGGUGUUUUUUCCCAUCGCCUAUCCGGUCUCCAAGAUUCUGGACAUUAUGCUGCACCAAGAGAUCAGCAACUUUUACACCAGGGAGAAGUUGGUGGCCAUGCUGCGUGUAACAGACCCGUACCACGACCUGGUCAAAGAGGAGCUCAACAUUAUUCAGGGAGCCCUGGAACUGAGGACCAAGACCGUAGAGGACGUGCUGACCCCGCUGUCAGACUGCUACAUGCUCUCCUCGGACGCAGUGCUGGACUUCUGCACCAUGUCUGACGUGAUGCAGAGCGGUUUCACCCGGAUCCCGGUCUACGAGAACGAGAGGUCCAACAUUGUGGACAUUCUGUUUGUCAAAGACUUAGCCUUCGUGGAUCCCGACGAUUGCACUCCUCUGAAAACAAUUACUCAGUUUUACAAGCAUCCCAUGCACUGCGUGUUCAGUGACACCAAGCUGGAUGUGAUGCUGGAGGAAUUUAAGAGAGGUAAGUCUCACCUGGCUGUGGUGCAGAGGGUGAACAGCGAAGGUGAGGGAGACCCCUUCUAUGAAGUGAUGGGCAUCGUCACCCUGGAGGAUGUCAUAGAAGAGAUCAUCAAGUCCGAGAUUGUGGAUGAGACAGACCUGUAUACUGACAAUCGGAACAAAAGGAGAGUAUCCAACCAUGAGAGGAAACAGCAGGAUUUCUCUAUCUUCAAACUGGCAGAAAAUGAGCUGAAGGUGAAGAUCUCGCCACAGUUGCUGCUCGCAACACACCGCUUCUUGGCUACAGAGGUGGAGCCUUUUAGGUUGUGUCACCUGUCAGAGAAGAUCUUGCUGCGUCUCAUCAAGCAUCCCAGCAUUGUGCAGGAACUCAAGUUCAACCCCAAGAACAAACACGCUCCUCAACACUACCUCUUCCAGAGGAACAAACCUGUCGACUACUUUGUCCUCAUUCUGCAGGGACGGGUGGAAGUAGAGAUAGGAAAGGAGGCUCUCCGCUUUGAAAAUGGAGCGUUUUCCUAUUAUGGAAUGCCAGCACUCAUCCCGCCCCUGCCCACCGGUCAGAGGUAUUGUUCCCGGGCCAGUGGUCUAAACCAAUCAGAUUCAUUACUGAGUGGAGGCAGUGUGGGUCAGCUCAUUACAGGAGGAGGGGUCUACUUACCAGACUACUCAGUCCGGCAGCUCACAGACCUGCAAAUCAUCAAGAUCACCAGAAACCACUACCAGAAUGCCCUAACGGCCACCAGGAUGGACAGCUCCCCUCAGACACCUGACCCAGUGGAUCCCGGUGCUAAAGGGAGGACACCGGUCCCCGAGGCCCGCUCACACAGCAUCGCCCUCCCCCUCACACACACACACACUCGACUGGGGCUGGCACGCCUUGCACAUCUUCAUCCCCACGGUGGCCUUCACAACACCUCCCAGCUCAAUGAAAGAAACCGUAUCGUUCGCAGUAAAUCUGAUGGGCAGAGGAGUCCAAACGAUACUGUGUUCCUCCGCAUGGAUGAGAUUCCCUACAUCCAUGAGGACCGACCGGAUACUUAUGGAGAGAACGAUGUGCCUACAGAGUCUCAGCCAUCCACCUCUCCCUUCAUCAGCUCUCUGUCAUUGUCCAGCUCUGACGAGAACAUUGGAAAGAAGCUAUUGCGUAAACUGAGUAACAAGAGGAGGAAAAAGUCUCGGGAUGGAGAUAAGAGUUUGGAGGAAGGUUCAGAGCAACUCCCUGUGACAAGCUAGCACUGUGACACUGAGGGAGAGGGAUGAAACACACACCUUCUUCCUCUUUAUCACCUACUGGUUUUCUUCACUAAACAACCACCCCUUCAUAGACUCCCUCCAUGCUCCGACACAACUCUCAGACUGAGCCAUCGUAUCUGUUGUAGCCACCAGUAAUACUCAGGUCCCCACUGGCACACUCUGUCCAAAACCUGCCAGACUUGACACCCUUAAAGUGCUGAGCAUGAGAAGGGCAGAGCUGGAAAAUGAAAAACUUGAUUGGACAAAUCUAAACAACAUAGUUGUAGAUUUAUCCAGCCUUACACUGGACUGCAUGGAUCUCAGCAGGUUUUCAUCACGUUUUGUAGUAAAUGUGGCAAACCGUGUCCAUGUUACCAAAAGCAGCAAAGCUUGUAAUUUAAUAACAGACUCUACCUGUUCUUCAUCUGAACUGGAAAAUAUCUCAAUUAUGGAACCCAACAAUGUCCUUAAAUGAUAUCUGAGCCAGCUUUGACUUUUUAUUGAUCAAACAAUGAAUAUAAUUGUAUUUAUUUAUUUGUUAUUUUGAGGCAGUUCCCACAUACUGAAAAUGUUGUUUGCACAGGGAACUGUCCUAAUGUUGCCAUAAGGGUGCCACCUACUGCCAACACAACCUGACACACUAGCCAUCGUCUAAGAGGAAAAAGCCUCCGGACAAGAGCACAGUUUUUACACCAGAUUAAAAGACACAAUUAUGAAAAAAGCCAUGAAUUAGUUAUCAGCUUGAAUGACUACUUCUUGUAUACUGACCUGUCAGCAUGUUUAGAGGUGUAUGCACAAUUUUGAAAAUACUGGUGCUCUAAAUGUCCACAAUUUCUUACCUGAAUUUUAUAUGGAAGUGUAAAAAUGACCAAAAGUAAUUUGAAGAAAGCAAUAUAAGUCAUCUAGCAUACUGUGCAGGUCUUGAAUUUAUCACCACAAUACCACAUACAUGCACAUAUUCAGUAAACGCAUCCUUCCCACGUGAAUGCAUGUGUCCUACACGAAGUCUGUUUGGUAUGUCUCUUCCCAUUAAAACGUUCCCUUCUCUCUUCA